GCCUGCGUCAGUUUGCCUUUUGAUCUGGAUCCCGACACCAGAAUGGUCCUUCGCGUCACAUUGGCCUCCGCGGUCGUCGCGGCCACCUCGGCUGCCCGCGUCGACGUUGGUGAGCGUCCGUUCUUUCUCGUCAACGAGAUGCGGCCAAGCCCACUCAAGACGCAGCUCGAGUCGUGCGCCAACAACAAGUGGGAGCGCACCGAGUACUCGAUCGGCCACCGUGGCGCGUGCCUCAUGUUUCCCGAGCACUCGAAGGAGUCGUACCUUGCCGCGGCGCGCAUGGGCGCUGGCAUCAUCGAGUGCGACGUCGGCUUCACGAAAGACCUCGAGCUCGUGUGCCGCCACGACCAAGCCGACCUCCACACGUCGACCAACAUUUUGCUGACGCCGCUCGCGGCCAAGUGCACCAAGCCGUUCACGCCGUACGACCCGGCCACGGGCAAGGAAGCGUCGGCCGAGUGCCGCCUCACCGACAUUACGCUGGCCGAGUUCAAGACGCUCAAGGCCAGAAUGGACAGCUCCAACCCGAAAGCCAAGAAUGUGAUGGAGUACGUCAUGUCGACGCCCAGCUGGCGCACGGACUUUUACAACGGCCCGACGAGCGGAACCAUGAUGAGCCACAAGGACUCGAUCGCGCUCUUCAAGAGCCUCGGCGUCAAGAUGACGCCCGAGCUCAAGAUGCCGGUCGUCCCGAUGCCGUACAACAACUUUAGCAUGGAAGCGUUUGCGCAAAAGAUCGUCGACGAGUACGUGGCCGCGGGCGUCCCGUUCUCAGACGUCUUUGCGCAGACCGUCGACAAGGCCAGCAUCAAGUACUGGCUCAAGGCGGCGCCGGCAUUUGGUCAGAACGCCGUCUUGCUCGACUUUGCCGACACGGUGAACGAGCUCCCGAACGCCGCCGCGCUCGCGCAACUCAAGACCGACGGCAUCAACACAUAUGCGCCGCCGAUCUGGGCGCUUCUGGACAAGAAGGACGGCAAGUUUGUGCCGUCGCAGACCGCGCGCGAUGCCAAGGCCGCCGGUCUCAAGCUCAUUUCGUGGACGCUCGAGCGGUCGGGUGUCGUCGCCAUCAGCCACGGUGGGUGGUACUACCAGACAGUCAACGACUUGGUGAACCGCGAAGGCGACGUGUUGGAGGCGCUCGACGUGCUCUUCCGCCAAGUGGGCAUCAGCGGCUUGUUCUCCGACUGGCCCGCGACCGUGACGUACUAUGCCAACUGCGUCCUUGGCAAGAAGCCCUAGAAAAACUGUGUUGUGUGUGUAUAAUGAAUGAGCUCGUACUUUGUGGGGCAAUGACAACUUGAC